UAUGAAAGUAUCCAUCUCGCUGACAGUGGGUGAAAAUGACACCGGACUCUGCUACAAUUCCAAAAUGAAAUACUUUGACAAAGCUGAACUUAGCAAAAGCAAGGAAAUUUCAUGCCGUGACAUCGAAGAUUUUUUACUACCAACCAGAGAACCUGAAAUCCUAUGGUAUAAGGAAUGUAGGACAAAAACAUGGAGGCCAAGUAUUGUCUUCAAAAGAGAUACAUUGCUUAUAAGAGAAGUCAGAGAAGAUGACAUCGGAAAUUACACCUGUGAAUUAAAAUAUGGAGGCUUUGUUGUGAGACGAACUACUGAAUUAACUGUUACAGCCCCUCUGACUGAUAAGCCACCUAAGCUUUUGUAUCCUAUGGAAAGUAAACUGACAAUUCAGGAGACUCAGCUGGUUGAUUUGAAUAAACUACUCUGUUACUGUUGUUACUGCAGUAGUAUUGGAGUAGGGGAGCAGAUCAUCACAAAGGGCUUGAAAAAAGCUGUCAGUUCAACAGGGUCAAAUGUGUUACAUCCUAAGGAAGGGGGAUUGAGUGAAAUUUCACGUGGUGGGAGUCAGGAGGGUGGCCAGUACCAGCGAUGGAGAGCCUCUAAGUGGUACCUACUUUUAUGA